AGUUUUCUUCUUGUGAAUUUCUUUGAAUUAACAGAGGACAUAGGAGGAGGUAAGGUUAGUUUGGUUAGUGACAUGGGUAGACCAGGCUUAGACUACCUCUAUGGAAUCUGUGGGUAUGCUCUCCCAGAGAAGUUUUUCCAGAAAUCUUGAGUCUCUAAAAUUGCAUUUCCUGUAUUCUGGGGCAGAUUUGACAUGUAGAAACUACCGGUAUGUUGUUUUCUCCAUUUUGCCUUUCAGAAGGUGAGAAAUCUAGCAACUUCAUAUUACGAUGUUUGUGUGAUGUUACUCUGAGUGUAUAUCCACACCGGGCAGGCUUGAAAAAUAUGCCUGGCCACGGCGGGAUUCGAACCUACGACCUUUGGAAUACUAGCCCAAUGCUCUUCCAACUGAGCUACGCGGUCAGGACGGCUCGAGCAAGCGAUAUUUCGGAACUGAGUCUAGUUCCUUCGAUAUCAGUGUAAUCUAAUAUUUAUGAAAUCUGCUGUGUUGGUGUAAUGUACUCAGGUGAAUAAGAUGUUUGUGUGAUGUUACUCUGAGUGUAACAUCACUCAGAGUAACAUCACACAAACAUCUUAUUCACCUGAGUACAUUACACCAACACAGCAGAUAACUUCAUAUUACGUUCUCCUACUCAGAUCCUUUUUAGUGGAAGGAAAAUAAUUAAUUUGCAAUAAACUAAAUGUUUGCUACUUCUGCUCUGCCAAUGGGAAAAAGGUUAUAAUUUCCCCCCACCAAAUAUGUAUGGCAUGCUAUAAGGGUUAGAAUGAGUGUCAUAUAUGGUUCUUUUAGGAGAGUACAAAACCAGAUGCUAAGUUUGUUGACAUCAUCUGCAAUUAAUUAACCCCAAACUGUUUGGUACCAAGAUCGAAUAGGAAGCUACAUACAGAGCUUUCAAAACAAGCAGUUUUGCAGUUUACAGCUUUGCAGUUUUCUUUAAUUAAACUAAAAUGUGCAUCUAUGUCUCCUUUUUUGUGGUUUGUGUCGUGUGACUAUAAAGUAUGCCACUUUUCGGCAUACCUUAGCCACAGUUUGUGGCUACUAUAAAGUAUGCCUGUUUUUGGCAUACACUGUACCUUAUAGUCACAAACCAAGCAAUAAAGUACGCGGGAUUUCUGGUAGCCACAGUUUGCAGCAUUUGGCUACUUCAAAAUACAGUAUGCUGUAGUUUCAUGGGGAGACUUAAAAUAUUACUGCAAUGAGAGCAGUCACUAUUUAAUAAACAACCAGGGAUUGCCUAAGGGUAGCAAUGUAGAAUAUAUAUGCCAAAAGAUAAAUGGUUUUCUGCUUUCGUCGACAGGUUUCAUCUCUAUGUUUUAUAAAGCCAGUUAAUUUUUGAAUUUUGUUUCUAUAAUACAAAAUUAUAGAUAAAUGUAGACAAACAGUUUAUCAUAUGUUCAAAUUUAAAACUACAGUAUCAUUUACACAUUUCAAUGCUGUACCUUGCAGUUUUUGAAGAGGGUAUAGGGAGGGGGUUGUGAAACAUCCUGAUCAACAAAUAUAGGCAUGGCUUAUCAUAGACAGCUGCGGUGUCGAGGACAUACAACUACCUGAUACGGUAUAAACAUGCAGAACCUCUACAUUUUGAGUGAAGGCUACUAAUUUACCGAGGAACGGCCUUUGCUCGAAAUGUCAACAUACCGGUAUCUUUCUCACACCUCGGCUGUUUCUUAUCGGUGCUAACAAGUGCUAACUACACUCAAUCUAGCACCGACCAUUUGGGACUGUGGCCUGGGAUGUAGGUAAAUUCACAAAAGGUUAGGAAGGAAAAUCGGGUAAAUCUGAGAUCAACAUAAUAUCAACCGAUUUGUUACGUAAUGGUCUUGUGUGUAUUAUUUGGUAGUCAAAACAGAAAAGAAUUAAAUAUUAUUUGUGUAUUAUGUGACGUCAAUUAUUAUUUGUGUAUUAUUUGAUACCAAAAUGGUCAUUAUUUGUGUAUUAUUUGACGUCAAAACAGAAAAGAACAAACAACUUUCAACAAAAAAAUUUAAACAAAGUGUAACUAUGUCCUUACCUGUAUGUACCAUAGGUAUGUACAGUACUGUAUAAGCCUAAGAUUAAAGAGAUGAUACACCAACGGACAACUCUCAAUAUCGAUCGGUCGUUGAAUUCAUGAGAAAACACAUAUUACCAUCUUGGUACCACACUUUAUGUGGCCGAGAAUGGAGUCGGUGAUGUUUGAUCAGCAAUAUACAUCAUACAUACGUAAAUUUCCUUCAGCUCCUUAUUGACAUUAAGCUGCUGUCUGCCAUUUUUACUAACACCUAUACUUAUUUUUGUUGUUAUUUUAAGCUAUGGAAGAAUUUGAAAUUGUGCAAACUUCUGACGCUAAACAGAAAUGUCCUGCAUUUCAAGAUGGUUGUCCAUUUUCCAAACUGGAAGACAAAGCUUUGAAAGACGCAAUUGAAAAAUGUCCUGAAUUCCAAAACGGCUGUCCAUUUAAAGACGCCAAAAGUCUUGCUGAAGUUUACGAGAAGUUGUCUCACGUUCCACAUUCAGCUGGUCAUGAAAGUGAAUUAUCUGGUCAGAAGUUGGUUGAAAUGUUCAAGAAAAUGCACGAUACUUCUGAAUGUCUGGAAGAAAAGUUGGGAGAUUGUCCAGUGUUUCACAAAGAUCAAGGAUGUCCAUUCAAGAGUGUCGGCAGUGAAGAAGGCAAGCACUUGGUGGAACCAGUUGAGUCUGUUGCCCACGAUCAGGUAGCUUUAUGCUUUUUUGUGCUCUCCCAAAUUCCUGCGUGCUCAAUAACUCGAUUGAGCACGCCAAAUCAUAAAAUAAUUCUUAAUUUCAAUGGGGUUUUUUGAGCUCACCUUGAGCACCACUAUAUAUUUUCAUAAUCUUGUGUGACUGUAAAUAAUUAUCGCGUGGCAAAUUCAAUUCAAUUCAAUUCAAUUUGUUCCCACAACAAUGUGAGCGAUUAAACUGGGACAACAUUGUUUCUAAGUUAAAGUUUAUAAGCAGGGUUUAAGGAAGUGCCGCGUGCCCUGUAAAGCGUACGUGUUUUGAAAAUAUACUCUAGCUGUGCACAAGGAAAGUUCCAGUUAUAAUAAAGGAAAGUUCGGUCAUACAAAUGCGCGACGUAUAUUUGCCGCCGGAAUAUGGCGGAAUUAAUUAGUUGUUUAAUGUCCUUUGCCAGCACGUCAAGGAGGAACUACAGACGGUUGAUGCCACUCAUUUACAAGAGCAAUGCCCUGCGUUCAAAGGUGGUUGUCCAUUUUCCAAACUGGAAGACAAAGCUAUGAAAGACGCAAUUGAAAAAUGUCCUGAAUUCAAAAGUGGAUGUCCUUUUAAAGACGCCAAAAGUCUUGCUGAAGUUUACGAGAAGUUGUCUCACGUUCCACAUUCAGCUGGGCAUGAAAGUGAAUUAUCUGGUCAGAAGUUGAUUGAAAUGUUCAAGAAAAUGCACGAUACUUCUGAAUGUCUGGAAGAAAAGUUGGGAGAUUGUCCUGUGUUUCACAAAGAUCAAGGAUGUCCAUUCAAGAGUGUUCGCAGUGAAGAAGGCAAGCACUUGGUAGAACCAGUUGAGUCUGUUGCCCAUGAUCAGGUAGGAAAUUCAAGAGAUUAUAAACGUGAAGUGUCGGAGUCGUAGAGAUUUUUUGUUUAAUUAAUUUAAAUUACAAUAACAAUUUUGGAUGACUGAAGAACAACACUUACGGGGGUGCUUUUUCAUAUGGUGGUUCAAAUCAGGUACUGAACCUCGUGGCAAACUAGAAUUUUAACAUUGUUUCCUAGUCAUGUUUCCCACGCUACAUGUAGGUGGGUAAACAUUGAACACAAACGAAGUCUCGUGACAAAAUUCACACUUGGGAAACAACAAACAUCUUUAAAUUUAACAGGAAUGUUUUGGCUUUUGGGAAACAUAAUUUGUUUCCAGACCAAAUUUGAGGAAACGUUAAAAUUCAAAGUUUACGCAGGGAUUAAGGAAUUGUGACGCUGCCCCGCUGCUACGCUGUAAAAACAUGCGUGUUUUAAUAUACUGUAGCUGUGCAGAAGAAAGGUUCCUGUUAUAGUUAAAAGAGACAUAACAAUUAUAAUUAUUGACAGAAAUAUAGUAUUUGCCUCCGGGUUUAAAUUGUUGUUUAAUUUCCUUUGCCAGCACGUCAAGGAGGAACUACAGACGGUUGAUGCCACUCAUUUACAAGAGCAAUGUCCUGCGUUCAAAGGCGGUUGUCCAUUUUCCAAAUUGGAAGACAAAGAUAUGAAAGAAGCGAUUGAAAAAUGUCCCGAGUUCCGAAAUGGCUGCCCAUUUAAAGACGCCAAAAGUCUUGCUGAAGUUUACGAGACGUUGUCUCAUGUUCCACAUUCAGCUGGUCAUGAAAGUGAAUUACCUGGUCAGAAGUUUAUUGAAAUGUUCAAGAAAAUCCACGAUACUUCUGAAUGUCUGGAAGAAAAGAUGGGAGAUUGUCCUGUGUUUCACAAAGAUCAAGGAUGUCCAUUCAAGAGUGUCCGCAGUGAGGAAGGCAAGCACUUGGUAGAACCAGUUGAGUCUGUUGCCCAUGAUAAG